AUAUGGCGGCUCCCAUGGUCGCGGCCGCUGUCCGGGCCCUGCGCUGGGGCUGUGGGGCAGCCGCGACCGCGCCGCUCCUGCCGCGAACAGGCUGCCUCCCGGGGAGCCGCUGGAGCGGGAACUGGGCGCUGGGAACUGGAGCAGCGCUGGGCAGGAUCCUGAGCGUCCCUGCCCGCUGGAGCGGGAACAGCUCGGCGCUGGGCAGUCUCCUGGGCAUCCCCACCGAGGCACCGCCCGCCCCCCUGGGCCAGCACCCGCCACCCGUGGCCACCAGCAAAGAGGAGCAGAAGCGGCUGUUGCAGCACCGGCCCGACCAGCCCCAGAACCCCAAGGUGCUGAGGAUCGCCAUCAUCGGCGCCCCCAACGCUGGAAAAUCCACGCUCUCCAACCAGCUCCUGGGCAGGAAGGUUUUCCCAGUCUCCAAGAAGGUUCACACAACUCGGUGCAAAGCCAGGGGGGUCAUCACACAUGAAGACACUCAGCUGAUCAUUCUGGACACACCUGGCCUUACUAAUCCAUUAAAAGUCAAAAGACAUAAUUUAGAGAAAGCCAUGCUGACAGACCCAUGGGACAGCAUGAAACACGCAGAUUUAGUUCUGGUUUUGGUGGACGUGUCGGAUCACUGGACAAGGAACGCUCUGAGCAAGGAGGUGCUGAAGUGUCUGUCACAGUUUCCCCACAUCCCCAGUGUCCUGGUCCUGAACAAGGUGGACAUCCUGAAGAAGAAGUAUCUCCUGCUGGAUAUAGUAACUGACCUAACAGAGGGAAUUGUAAAUGGAAAGAAACUGGAAGUGAAAUCUGCAUUUAAAAGUGAUUCCAGUUCUUCAGCCAAGCCUCCUCUUCAAAUCACUCAGGCUUCUCCUGCUGGGAACAGGGCCCCAGGGUCUCCCUGUUGGCAGGAAAGGGAUGCUUCUCCUGCUGGGAACAGGGCCCCAGGGUCUCCCUGUUGGCAGGAAAGGGAUGCCAAAUCCAACCCUGUCACAGAGGAAGCCCAAGGGCCAAAGCAGUAUAGACACAAGGAUCUAAAAGAUAUGAAAGGCUGGCCAAAAUUCCAGGAGAUCUUCAUGCUCGCAGCUCGCCGUGGGGAGGAGGUGGAUACACUCAAGCAAUACCUCCUGAUGCAAGCCAAGCCAGGCCCCUGGGAGUUCCACAGCGACGUCCUGACCAGCCAGUCACCUCAGGAGGUCUGUGACAACAUCAUCAGGGAGAAGGUCCUGGAGUACCUGCCCUUGGAGGUGCCCUAUGGCGUGACUCAGGUGACAGAGAUGUGGGAGGAAGGAGAAUGUGGGGAGCUCCUCAUCGCGCAGAACCUCUUGGUCCCAAGGAAGUCUCAUAUGAGGAUGUUGAUUGGAAGAGGAGGUAAAGUCAUCAGCAAGAUUGCUCAGGAGGCUGGGCAGGACCUGAUGAACGCUUUCCUGUGUGACGUCCGCUUGAAGCUCAGGGUGGAGGUGAAGAGCUGAGUGUUUUGAGAGCCCCUGAACUCUCUGAUCAUGUGGAAAAACAGAUCCCUGUGUUCCCCUGUGGGUAUCUUGUCCAGAAACAGAGGAUGAUGGAAUUAAUACAGUGGGCUGAAGUGGAAUAUAUUAUUCUUUGAGAGAAUGGCCCAAACUGAAAAUAAAUCUUCAGACCCUCUACUGCACCUGGCCUUGUGGAAGCUGGGAUGGACACCAGAGAACCAGCUGCACUCAUGGUUCUAGUACUGCAUUUAUAGAGCUGCCAUCCACCUCUUUGGGGCUGUGUCUUGCAUUCUUGGUCACAGGUUUUUAUACCUGGAAGUUCAGGACCAUCUCCUGUCUUUUAGCAGACACAGGGUUGCAGUGAAGGAUGAUUAGCACACCUUUGUCUUCUCAAGGCUGAACCACUCCAGUGUGAUCACACAGGAGGAACAGGCUACUGCAGCCCACACUAUGGUUUUACAUCGGCUUUGCUCCCUGCCCUGUUGAAGUUCAUGGGUGUAGGGGGUCAGUUUAAGGAAUUUACUGGCAGCUGAAACAUCUGUAAUGCCUGAAGGGCUUGUCUGUCAUGCAAAACCAGCGUGGACCCCCUUUUUAGGAAUUUGAAUACUUUAUUGCACCAGAGUUACUUCAAAGCCCUUAUUCUUGCACCAGGGCUGCAGAUACAAACAUAGAAGCUGUUGCAGCUGAAGAAAAGCCCAAAGUGGGAACAGCAGCAGGUUCUGCAGCCUGAGGGUAACAAGGUUUGGGGAUGGAGAAUAGCUGGCACAGGUGAGGCUGGAGGAGCAGGGCUGGGCCCGUGAAAGAGAUGCUGUUACUGUUCUGAGCUGCUGAAGGAUUCUGGAAUGUGAGAUCAUCUGAAAACUGGGUUGGGAAGCCUCUAUAGAAUGUCCUUCCUUGUUUCCCAAGAUGUAGGGGCUGCUGUGGUCCCUUGAAUACUGCUCUCCAACUUUUGUAUUUUCCUUGCAAUAAAGUGAGAUCCCAGCACAA